GUUCGUUUUACUACUCCACCUCAAUCAACUCGACAACAACAACAACCAAAGAAAGUAUCACAAUCAAUUGCUGUACCACAAAAUAGGGCAUCACCAUCGGUUGAUCAACAGGCUAAACAGGGAACUAAAAUUACAACACCACAUAAAUCUUUAAUGGUUGCUGUUCAACCAGUAAAAUCAGCUGAAGAAGAUAUUGAUGAUGAUGAUGAUGAUGAUGGUGAAGCAACUCGAACAGCACAUGAUGUUACAGAAACAGUUUUACAAUUAAGAAUGGAUAAUGAAGAAAAACAACGACAAUUAAUUAUUCUUCAACAACGAUUAAAUCAACAACGUGAAUUAAAUAUUCGUCAUGCAAAAGAAUCUGAACGUGAAUUAGAACAUCGUUUACAAUUACAAAAAGAUGAUUAUGAAGCUACUAUUCAACGUCAUUUAACAUUUAUUGAUCAGGUUUAUUAA